UUCUCGGUGAAGGUCUUGUUGAGCAGCCAUGUUAUUAUGGGCAGGUUGCGGCGCUCGUUGUACGUGGGGAGAAGCACCGAGUAUUUGUCCUUGGUCGAUAUGGGCGCCAUGUUGGAGAUUGGAAUUGGUGAAUGAGUGACUGGGUUGAGUGGGUUGUCGCAGAUGCGAGUGAGGUAUUGCGGAGACGUGUUGACGUUUCCCGAUUGCGAGCAUGGGCCACUCGCUCGUUACCCCUUUUAACCUCCACGAAGCAAUUCUUGAACGCAAUAAAUGUCGAAAAGGAACCUACUGCUUUGCUUCGACGCAUUUGGGACGCUGUUCACGCCGAGCACGCCCAUUCCCACUGCCUAUGUCCAAGCUGCAGCCCGUCACGGGAUCAAUUGCGGUAAUGCAGAGCACCCAAAGGCCUUAGCCGCACAAUUCAAACUGGCAUUCAAAGAUGAAUCAAAACAAAAUCCAAAUUACGGCAGAGCAACAGGGCUUGGUGCAGAGAAGUGGUGGGGCAAUGUGAUACAGAAGUCGUUCAAAGAAUUCGUCAAGCCAGACCAAGAAGUCCCACAAGCUUUGAUUACAGAUUUGUUGCGUCGCUACUCUACAAAAGAAGGUUACCGAUUGUAUCCAGACGUCCUGCCCUUUUUCCAAACGCUGCGCGACAAGAUUUCACGUGGAGCUGAUGCUUCCUCGUGGCCUUGGGACAAGACUGUAGUAGGCAUUAUCACGAACUCUGACGACCGCGUGCCCGGAAUUCUUAAUUCUUUUGGUCUUAGGAUUGGUCCUAGACGCGUUGGGAAGUCUGAUCAACGCAGCCAAAAGGCCACCCUAGGAGACGACAUCAGCUUCGUUGUGCUCAGCUACGAUGUUGGGUUUGAGAAGCCCGACCGGCGAAUGUUUGACGCGGCAAGUGAAAUGCUGCAAGAAACACUAGCUGGGAAUGAUGAGGAAUUGAAAGCCGACGAUUUCGAGAAGCUGUAUGUGGGUGAUGAGCUUGAGAAAGAUUACUUGGGUGCUGAAGCUGCUGGGUGGAAUUCGAUUUACUUGGAUCGAGGUUCGUCGACAGGAGGAUCAGGAGGCGAUGGCGAGCUGGAACUUGUACGAAAGAAUGUUACUGAUAAAGAGGGCAAGACGACAUGUGUUACGGCGGCCAAGGAUCUAAGGGCAUUGGGAAGUUGGUGUUCGAGCAGGAAAAUUGGUGGUUCGAAAGAUGAAAGCACGGAUUGAGACACUUUUCAGUGAGAGGUACUGAAUUUGAAAUUUGAUAUACUCAUCAUGUCCCUUCAACCUCUUUUUUAAGACGAUCGGUAGGUCGUCUCAACUCGAGAAUCCCUGACAACUUGACAUUG